AUGGCUGAGAACUCUUGUAGCGGAAUGCCUUGGGGCUUCCUCGCUGCCGACGUCCCGAACGCUCCCAAGUGCAUUACCUCCUGCAGAGCCAAGUUCAUCGAUGGAUUGUUACUCGAGAACAAGACACUCGAAAGUGUGUGUGAGCAUCUCUCAGACAAUGGCAACACAGCAACCGAGAAAUUGCCUCCUUUCUGGGAUCUCUAUUGCUGUGAUUCUCAGCUAUGUGGCGUGGACAACCUCAAGAGCCACAACCUUGAUCCCAACAUCAAUUGGUUCAUUAGUUCUUGUCAAAACAUUGGGUAUCCUUCGCUCACCGACCCGGGACCCCCAGAACCAACCCGUUACAUCUGCAAUCGUAUUUCUGACUAUGGCGGCAACCCUCUAUGCCAGAAGGAAAAGCCAGACACAAAUGUCGCAACAUCUACCAGCAUCGAACAUUCUUCUGUCUUGGCCUCGCCCGUAACACACACCCUAAUGGCAACUUCAACAUCCGAGUCCAAGUCCAUUCUAGACCCUUCCCUCGAGGCCAGCCUAGAUCCGUCCAGCUCAGAUGAUGGGGGGGCACAAGGAGGAACUCACAUCUCCAAAGAGAUCAAGGUGACCAUUGGCUUAUCUGUUGUUGCAGGGGCUAUCGUGAUUGGACUCAUCAUUUUCUGUCUGUUGCGCCUCAAAGCACAGCCUCCUCAUCGACGAGGAAUUCGCAAGUAUUUCAAGCGCAAAGACGACGACUCCUCUUUCAAGGGCCUUACUGAAUCCCCCACGCCGUUGAUUUCUCCAACUUCCCUGGCUAGCCCUCAUUGGAAACCACUUACGCCGCCACCCCCUCUCAAGGAGAGAAAGAUGCUCAACGUGCCACCAGCGAGCAGUCGGCCAUCUUCAGUCAACCGAGAGCAUCGACAGACCGAAUUCCCUACAUCACCAGUAGUCGCUCUAACAAGAGAUAGUCUGGUGCCCAGAACUGAGAGAAGACCAACCUUCAAUGGGGCUAACGUCUCUCCCCCCAAUUCCCCUACUGAAAAUGCCGGAGGUGCUCGCGGCAAUCCAGGAGAUGUCCGCUCCCCAGCAUCCAAUACUACAAUCAAGGCUACUCAAAAGCGGUCUCAAAUUCAGACAAAAGCCUGCGAGGUGCCCCCUUUGAAAGUCGCCGGCCUUUCAAAACCAGGGCCGCCACCUUGUCGAGCACUUCCUUCAACACCAGUGUCUGGUCAACACCCCCAGAGUCCAUUGCAGGACUCAUCACUCUCUUCCCAACCUGGGAACUUUGGCGUUGCAUUAGGACUGGUCUCACAUAACCCAGCCAAGGGAGUUGUUUUGGAUCCGGAAGCUCGCAGUCUACGCGAGCUAACGGAAGAGUGUGAGCGCGAGUCGCGCAACAACAGCUGGGGAAGCUGGCGUGGAAGUGUUGGUGGUUACAGCCCAACGCUUUCUCCUCCGGAUAAAUCAAAGAAAAGAGAGUUCAGGAGUCAAGUUCUUCAAGAAGGCGACCUUGAGCGAUUGGGGGGCAAGUAUUAA